ACGACGCACAGCAGACGACAAAAUCGAAGUGCAGAGAGUGGGCCGCUGCUGGGCCUUUUUUCAGCAGUAUCUCAGAUAUGGUGUCUUUUGCGAAGUACAGCCUGGUUCCCACAGAUGACCCAAAGGAGACAGUAGAUCCCUUACAGUCAAGAGUCUCAGGCGCCUUUGAUUACAAUUCAGCAUUCAGCUACAAGUCGGCAUUCGACUACAGUAAAACUUCCAGUCAGUACCAGUCUGCGUUCGACUAUGGCUAUGGUCACAGAGCUCACUCAGUUUCCCUCAAUCUUGGGGAGAAGGACAAUGAAAAGAAGAAGAAGAAACGUGCAAAUUGGAGUAUCAUGAAUUGUCUGUCGUCGGUGGCAACAUGGAUAAGUUAUUUCUUCAUUGCUCUUACCUUCCCCAUCACGCUGUGGUUCUGCUUCAAGAAAAUCGCCCAGUGGGAACGUCUUAUUGUGUUCCGCCUUGGCAGGCUACGAGGUGCUUUGGGGCCUGGCAUGGUAUUCAUAAUUCCAUGGCUAGAUCACCAUACUCGUGUUGACAUGAGAACCAAGGCUUUCUCGGUGCCCCCACAACAGCUCAUUACAGCUGAUAAUGGGAUAAUUGAGAUGGGCUGUGAGGUGAAGUAUCGGAUCAGUGAUGUACAGCGACUGACCACCUCUGUCACCUCUCCUGAACAUGGCUUACGCUCAUUUGGAAAAACAGUGAUGUUGAAUGUUCUUACCAAGAAUACUGUCAGAGAGACUGAACGGGAUCGUCCCAUGAUCGCUGCUCAGAUACAGAAGGAGCUAAAUCUAAGAGUGCUGGAAUGGGGUAUUGAAAUUGGAGAAGUGACACUGAGUACCGUCAAUAUCCUGAAGGAAGCAGAGCCCAACAACCCACUGAAGCCCAUCAUGAACUGUUUUGGUGGCGGAGGAGGAGAGAUCAUGGCUCCACCUUUAUCAGCCACUUCCGCAACAGGAUCGGCAGUUUUCAAUAUCCCUGGCAUUGGCAGCAUGGGAGACUUCAGCUUCCUCAGUGGCAAUUCGAAAAAGAAAUCUGAGGCCAUUGAUGAAGAUUCAUUCAUGAGGUGUAUCCAGCAAUACUAUACAGAUCUACUGGGUUUCUCAGACGAGAAUAGUGAGCCACCUAAGCAGCUAAACAAUCAAGUAACCAGCAGCCGAUCACCACAGUCCAAGCUUGGGAAGCAUCUCCAGGGUCUUAUUACUGGUGCAGGAGGUGCUGAUUUGGCCCAUGGGAUAUACAGACUACAGGUGGAGGGGACGGAUGGUGGCAUCUUCAUCAUAUUUGUUGGAAAUGGAGUGCGUCAGGUGGUAGAAGGAGACUUGCCAAAGGUUACUCCAGAUGUUGCAGUGACCAUUGCAAAGAGUGAUUUGAUGGCCAUUUUUGAAGGGACUCUUGCCCCUCUUCAGGCAUAUCUGUCAGGCCAUCUGACAGUUCAGGGCAACGUGCAGAUGCUUAUGGGCCUUGAGUCUCUCCGCCAGGGAGCUGGAUAACCAGAAUCUUUAUUAUCCAGAACCCUGUUUAUCACCAUCUUUAUUAUCCAGUCCAUCAGUUAUUAUUUUGUUAAUUUAUUCAUGUUUCUUAGCUUCUGUAACAUAAGUAUUAAUUAUAAAAUAUUCUAUAAUAUGGGUACUACAGUACUGUACUGUACUAAAUUCUAGUGUUCCCCCAAUCAAGAUUCUGGUUACUUAACAGUGGUUCUUAUGUUCCAUUUUAGUAAGGCUGAAGACAAGCAAUAUGCUCUUUGACUUGGACAGUGGAUAAUCAUACGAUAAUCACACUCGGUUAUACUUCUACUAUUUGAAGAUUACUUUGCACCCUGGAUUACUGCUAGACUCUGGAAUGUUCCAAGAUGACCAAGUAAAUUUAGUUUUUCCACAUGUGGGAUUUAUUGUUAUUUCAUAAAGCAUUGUGAGUCACAUAGCCUUGAAUGUUGAGUAUGGUUAGAAAUUAAAGUCUAGGUAACCAAUAUACAGUAGUUAACUUUUGUAUAUACAGUAUGUAUAGCGGACUGAUGAACAAGUCUUUUAAGCUGUGAAGAGCUUUGAGCCUUAAUUUGGCCAUUUAUAAUUACAAUAUACAAUAUAUUUCUUAACCCUUAUUGGCAUUUGUUACCCAGAAGUUAAAAGUUCUUUAACUAAAAUUGCAGAGAUCAAAGGCUUAAAAUAAAAUGACAUAUGAUAGGUCAAAAUAGAGGCAGAGAGUUGUCCAUCCCUGCCUUCCUCCACCUAACCCCCUUCCCUGCUGCAUGUUUGCUCUUGCUCUUGAUGAAAAACCUUGUGUGUUUACUGUGGCUUUUUUAUUUAAUGUCUCACUUCAUAGCUAAUUUUAUUGCAUCCUUCAAAGCAAUAUGCUCCAGUGUAUUAAAAAAGAAGUUUGCUGUGCACUUUCUUUAUGAAUGUAACAAUUUACUGACUAAUACCUAAAUACCUGUACAUUUAUUACAGCACUAGCUGAUUUAUUCUCUUGCCAUAGUUGUGGGUAAAUGAUCCAAAACUCGGUAUGAUAAUAAGCACUUUUCGGUUGAUUCAUUGGUACUGUAAAAAAAAAAUAAAAAAUCAUAGGCAUAGUAAAAUUCUUAUAAAGAAUAAACUAACAUAACAUACUCCCAUCUAACACAGAGACAAAGUAAUGAGGAACUGAUUGACCGAGCUGUGUAUGUGCAUGCAAAAUGAGAUUAUGAUUUUAUAAUUACAGGCAUAAUAAAUGACCUAAAGAAUUCCACAAGUUAGGUACUAUUUUGGAUCAUCUAUAUCACAGAGUUAUUCUUGUUGUCCAUGAAACACGGAUUUGCGCAAAGUUAGACAUAUCAGAAAAGUUUAUCUAUAUUGUGUACAAAUGUAGAGAUUGUUCAAUAAAGAUCACAUUGCACAA